AUGGCCUUCAUGAGAGCCUCCGCGGCCCUGCGCCCCGUCAUGCGCACGGCGGCCAGGACACCCCUCUCCCGUCGCACCCUCUGCGCCUCCGCCCCGCGCAUGGCUGCCUCCCUCUUCGCCGGCGAGCCCUCCGCCCCGGCCGUCAAGACCGAGAUCCCGGGCCCUCAGUCCAAGAAGCAAAUCGCGGACCUGCACGAGGUCUUUGACACCCGCAGCUUGAACAUGCUCACGGAUUACAAGAAGAGCAAGGGCAACUACAUUGUCGAUGCCGACGGCAACGUCCUGCUGGAUGUCUACGCCCAAAUCGCCUCCAUCCCCCUUGGCUACAACAACCCCGCCCUCGCCAAGGUAGCUGAGACCCCCGAAAUGAUAAACGCAAUCAUCAACCGUCCCGCCCUCGGCAACUUCCCUCCGGAGGACUGGGCCGAGGUCCUCCGCACCGGCAUCCUCAAGGUCGCCCCCAAGGGCCUCGACCAGGUCUUCACUGCCAUGGCUGGCUCCGACGCGAACGAGACCGCCUACAAGGCCGCCUUCAUGUGGCGCCGCCAGCAGGAGCGCGGUGGCUACGACGUCGACUUCACUCCCGAGGAGACCGCCUCCGCCAUGAACAACCAGGCCCCGGGCGCCUCGCAGCUUUCCAUCCUCUCCUUCAAGAUGGGCUUCCACGGCCGCCUCUUCGGCUCCCUCUCCACGACUCGCUCCAAGCCCAUCCACAAGCUCGACAUCCCCGCCUUCGACUGGCCCCAGGCCACCUUCCCCCAGCUCAAGUACCCGCUCGAGGAGCACGCCGAGGAGAACGCCGCCGCCGAGCAGGCCGCCCUCGACGAGGUCGAGCACCUCAUCAAGACCUACCACGUGCCCCCCGCCGCCGUGAUCGUCGAGCCUAUCCAGUCCGAGGGCGGCGACAACCACGCCUCCCCGGCCUUCUUCCGCGGCCUGCGCGAGGUCACCAAGAAGCACAACGUCCUCCUCAUCGUCGACGAGGUCCAGACCGGCGUCGGCGCCACCGGCAAGUUCUGGGCUCACGAGCACUGGGACCUCCCCACCCCUCCGGACAUGGUCACCUUUUCCAAGAAGGCCCAGACCGCCGGCUACUACUUUGGCAACCCCGAGCUGCGCCCCAACAAGCCCUACCGCCAGUUCAACACCUGGAUGGGUGACCCGGCCCGCGCCAUCCUCUUCCGCGAGAUCGUCAACGAGGUCGAGCGCCUCGGCCUCGUCGAGCACACGGCCCGCGUCGGCGACUACCUCUUCGGCAAGCUCGAGGCCCUCGGCAAGAAGUACCCGGGUCAGUUCGCCAACCUGCGCGGCAAGGGACAGGGCACCUUCAUCGCCUUCGACAACCCGCGCCGCGACGAGUUCCUCAAGAAGGCGAAGGGUCUGGGCAUCAACAUUGGUGGUUCCGGAGAGAGCGCCGUCCGCCUGAGGCCGAUGCUCAUCUUCCAGGAGCAUCACGCUGAUAUCCUCAUCGAGGCCUUGGAGAAGAUUGUCAAGUCUUGGUAA